UAUCCAGUCUCUUUGGAGAUGUCCUGCCAGCAAAGCCAGCAACAGUGCCCACCUCCUCCUCCCAAGUGCAAAACCCCUAAGUGUCCCCCUGUUUCUUCCUGCUGCGGCUCCAGUUCUGGGGGCUGCUGCAGCUCUGGGGGCUGCUGCAGCUCUGGGGGUGGCAGCUGCUGCCUGAGUCACCACAAGCCCCGAUUCUCUCUCCGUCGCCGACGUCACAGCUCUGGAUGCUGUAGUAGUGGUGGCAGCGGCGGCAGCAGCUGCUGUGGAAGUAGCUGUGUCAGCAGCUGCUGUGGAAGCAGUUGCUGUGGAAGCAGCGGCGGCAGCAGCUGCUGUGGAAGCAGCAGUGGCAGCAGCAGCAGCGGCGGCGGCGGCGGCAGCUGCUGUGGAAGCAGCAGUGGCAGCAGCAGCAGCGGCGGCGGCGGCAGCAGUUGCUGUGGAAGCAGCGGCGGCGGCGGCGGCGGCAGCGGCGGCGGCAGCAGCAGUAGCAGCAGCCAGCAGUCUAGUUGUUGCUCUGGAGGUUGUUGCUGACCUGGGAAAGAGGAUCACAAAGAGCAGCUCUGGCUGACCGAAGACCUGCCAGCCAGUGUCUCCUCUUCUCUGGCUUUUCUGCAGACAUACUUCUAUAACUCUCUCUAUGCCCCUUUUUCAUCCCCCACAAAGCUCGUCUACUGUGAGGUCUUGAAGUCUCACCUCUGAGAUUCAUUGGCUUUGCUUUUUUCUCUCAGA